AUGGAUCCCAAGUUUGCACUCCGUUUUCUUCUUGUUCUCCUCCUCGUUUCACCUCUUUUUGUCACCAACACAAUGCAAGCUGAAGCUGUCCAACCCUACGAAGAAACAAACCAACAUGAACCAUCGGAGCCGACCAACAGCGGUAUGGUGUCAGCCGUACUCUCUGACAAAGGGUAUCACGCCAUGUCACUUACCCUAGACAGGAUUCUUGAGGCUAUAAACCCUAACGCCACUCUUACCCUCUUUUGCCCACAAGACAAGGCUUUCUUCAACUCCAAGUACCCACAGCCUCCAUUGACGCUCCUCAAGUACCAUGCUGUGCCAUUCAAGAUGGACAAGGAUUCCAUGGAGGCCUCUUUUCGUCACGGUUCCAAGGUUGACACUCUUCUGCCGGGUCAUCCUCUCGUUGUUACUUCCCUACCGGGCGGCGCCGGCGCACAUGGACAUGCUUCUCUUAACCUAGUCAAAGUCACUGAGUGGGAUCUCUAUAACAACGGACGGCUGAUCGUUCAUGGGGUUGAGGACUUCUUCGAUCCGGCUUUCCAAACCCUAAGGUAUCCACAGUUCGACGUGGUUGCGAAAGAUGUUGUUAGUUCUGGUGGAUCUUGGCUCAAGAAAGCAACAGAGAAUUGGUUUCUUUUAUUCUAA